AUGGAUUCUAUCCAAGAAGUUAUCGAACAUAUUAGUCUUGCUCCAGAAGCUGAUAUACUCGAGAGGAAUGGUGAACAAGACAGUUUUGAUGAUUCAACGGAAUGGCAGUUUCUGGAGCCGUUAUGUAGCAGUUUUGACGCUGCAGAACAAAGACAGUGUCGAUCAAAUUUUCUGAAUUGCGAAGAUUGCCGGACUCUCAAAAUUAAUUCAUCACAUUCAUCGGACGAAGGAAAGCGAGAACUGGUGCAUCGUUGGCAGCAACUCCGCAUUUCUACUGUUCAUUGUGCCAUUUCUAUCUUCAAUGAAAUUUUAAUGAGUGAACGUCUUGCACGUGAUUAUAUUAGGUGUGUGAAACAUUUAAAUGAUCCAUGGGCAGCGUUUCGUUUCGAUAAACUGCCCCUGAAAAAUUGUAAACGACACCGUUAUUCUUCCAUACAUCAGUGUUGGACAACCGAUAAUGUUAAAGUAAAGCUGCAUCCGGAGCCAUUUGCUCGCGGUGCAAUGCGUGAAUGUUAUCGUUUGAAAAAGCUUGGAUCAUUCAGUAGAAACGAUGAUUGGGCUCAUGCGCAAAAUUUUGUCGCUAAAAAAUACAUAACCAGCGUUAAUAAAGAGGUGCUUUUUGAAGAUGUGAAGAUGCAAAUGGAUAGUAAACUCUGGGCUGAGGAAUACAAUCGACACAACCCACCUAAGAAAGUCGAUAUAUUUCAAGUAUGCAUCUUAGAAUUCGUGAAUGAGGAUGCACAUCAGUUUUAUCAUCUGGAGCGUUUCAUAGAAGGCGAAUACAUCAAAUAUAAUUCAAAUUCUGGCUUCGUUUCAGAUAUUUGUCGAAAAACACCACAAGCCUUUAGUCAUUUUACGUUUGAACGCAGUGGACACCAGUUGAUUGUUGUCGAUAUUCAAGGAGUUGGGGAUUUAUACACGGACCCUCAAAUUCAUACAGCAGCAGGAGAAGGUUAUGGAAAUGGAAAUCUUGGUACGAAAGGAAUGGCGCUAUUUUUUCAUUCUCAUUUCUGCAAUGAUAUUUGCCGAUCGAUGGGUUUGACAGAGUUCGAUCUCUCCAUGAGCGAGCGAAAUGUGCUUGAAGAAGGUGGUAAUGCUGAAAAGAAUUGGACAUCUGUGACUAAAAGUAGUAAUAAUAGACCAGCAAGCAUCUGUUCAUCUCUUGUAGAGGAAACAGGUAAUGCUAUGGAGAAACUGCGUCGUAGGACAGUAUCAGUGAAUAGCUCAGGAAGACGUUCUUCAACAUGCUCUUUUUGUGACGAUUAUGCCAGUGAUAUGCAAAAUCACGAAAUGCCACCGCAUAACGAUUAUUUUGAAUCUGUUUUGUGCGAACUGGAUGAAGUCACAACCAAAACAAACGAAAAUUCUCCAGUUUUGCUUGAAUUAGAAGAUGCUUUACAAACUGAGACAGAAAACGAAGCCUAUUGGCUUGAGAAGCGCAAAUUUUCGCGUCCAGCUGGGCUAUCUUCGAUAUCUAAAAUUAAAGAACAUCAUUUCACACAAAAAAUUUUUGUUACACCAAAUUCUAUCCUUGGUCAGAUACACUUGGAUCUUGCACGUUAUCAUGAACUGGGACGAUUUGUACAAAAAACUGCUGCUGUUUUAUCCGAAAAAGAAAAUAUCUGUUCAACAAAAAAAUUGGAGAAUAGAAUUUCUGGACGUUUUCCUAAUUAUGAUAGGAAUUCAGCUGUUUAUCAUCUUAAAAUCGCUUGCCGUUGCGGUAUUUUGGAAGCAGUUAUUACGAUGGCGAAAAUAGCUUUCGGUUUACCGCAUGAGUUGCUGAAGGAUGUAACGUGCAAGGAAAUUUGGGAUGUCAUUGACUUGGAAGGAACUGGUUUUGAACUUAUGGAAUGUGCUGCGAAUAUGGGUGAUCAGUCUGCUGUCGUUUUUGUGGCAGAAGCAUAUGAAACGGGCUGCUAUCUGGGACCACUGAAGAAACCAUCUUGGCCCAAAGCUAUCAUAUGGUAUGAAAAAGCCUUAAGUUUUCUUGAAAGUUCAGGAACAAAUGAGAAUGAAACGCCUCAUGAAGGUGUUCGUCCAUCUUAUGAGUUACUUGAACGAAUGGCAAUGCUGUAUAAGGAUGGUGGAUAUGGUUUGAUGCAGGAUCUAAAAAAAGCAUAUGAUUUGUAUACGAAGGCGGCUGUAUCGGCAACGGAAGCUAUGCAGGGCAAAUUGGCUAUUAAAUAUUAUGAAUUGGCUGAACAAUGUAUGUAA